AUGGAUGACACAAGUAACAACGAAUACAGCGAUGCGAUAGGCAUCCGAUACAAUUGCUUUCGCCUUGCUGCGAAUGCAGAACAAGCAAAGAUUACUCGACAGAUCUCCUCGUAUUGCUUGAGCGAAUCACCGUCAACUUUCCGCAUCGAAAAAGAUCCCACACUACCAACACAUUCCUUCUCAAGUCUCGCAAAAAGGAACAUCACCGGUGAAGAUUUAUACCUUUGGUCAGCACCGAUUGAUAUCAUCGAACAAUAUCAAAUCUAUUUACAGUCAAAUGAUUUAUUAUUAGCCGAAACCAUCUUCUACAAUUGUACAUUUCCGCGAUUCGGAUCAAUGUGCCAAUACGAAUUGUUUUACCAACACGAAAAUGAUUCAUCCUUAUAUCAGAUGAUUCAUAGUUAUUAUGAAAGUUAUCCAUAUCACUCAACGGAUAUGACGUGUUACGUUCACGUGAAGUGCAAACGUGGUUACCCACCUGCGUGUUUAGAUUGGACGGAGAUUUGUGACGGUAAAGUUGAUUGUCUUGAUGGAAACUAUGAUGAAGAACAUUGUUGGCAGUUGGAACUGAAUCAAUGUGAAGAAAAUGAAUAUCAAUGUACGAUUGGGCAAUGCAUACCGCAAGAAUUUGUUGGAGACGAUUCGAGAACUUUUGAUUGUGUUGACAGUUCAGAUGAACAUAAUAUAUUAGUUCAUAACCAUUUGGCUGAACGCGGCAAUUAUGAACCGGUAUUCGGAUAUGAAGACACCCGAUGUCAGCGUACAUUUUUGACAAGUUCUUGUCUUGAAGAACGCCGAUAUUUACUCGUUCAGUCGAUGUUUUCUAUCAAAGAUGAUUCGAUUUCGGAUAAAUGUUGGUCUGCUUUUAAGUGUUACUUUGCUUUACCGAAUCCAACUUAUCCCACGAUCACAAAAGAGAUUAUCGAUACAGAGUGUGUGCUCACAUUACAACAAGCUUGUCCAGAUAUGCUAGAUAUUCCCAAUACUCCAGUCUUCUUCGGAUACAUUUAUACCGCUUAUAAGAAGAAUGAUCCACCGUACGUCGACAACUAUAUUUUACCGUAUUUGUGCUCGAAUAAAUCCUUCGGCCACGGAUUACUCGAUCUAGUUCUCGAUAUGUCAACGAAUGAAACAACUUGUUUUAGAAUUAAUCACUCAAUUAACAUUAUGACUUUUCAUACAGCUGAUUGGAAUUCGAAGUAUGGAACGCCCAUCAAUGAUAUAUUUCUUCAAAUACGAGAAAUCGAACCGAUGAUCAACUUUCCGCCAAAGCUAUGUAAUGAAUUGCAUUUUUAUCAGUGCAAGAAUUCGUUGAAAUGUAUUCCAUUCCAUCGUUUGAUGAAUGGCGUUCCUGACUGUCCGUACGACGAUGAUGAGAACAUCUUCGAACAUACCAAUGCAGGGCUAUUCGCGAAGUUAAAAUCGAAGUAUUAUAAGUGUUAUUUCAUUGAUAAAUACAUUCCUCACUCAGCAAUUUCAAAUUCUAAGUGUGAUUGCGGACAGUUGGACGACCUUUUCUGUGAAGAUGAACACGUUUUUGAGAAUUUUACCAAGCGGACGAUAUCGUUUCAAGCCAUUUGUGAUGAAUUUCAGGAAUUGUACCCAAUCCAGAUCGAUGGAAAGAACCAAACCGAUGAAACUAAGUGUGAACAAUGGGAAUGCGAUAAUAUCUAUACACGUUGUGAUGGAAUAUGGGAUUGUUUACACGGAGAAGAUGAACUUAACUGUGAUUCCUCACCGUCGUUCUCAAAAUGUUCUUCGGAUUUUCGACUCUGCGUAAAUAAAACGACAUCGGCGUUCACCUGUUUACCAGUUGAGUACAUUAGCGAUGAUAAAGUCGACUGCCUCGGUGGUACCGAUGAACAAAAAUUAUGUCCGGCGACACUGCUACAUACACAACGGCGGUUUUACUGUAUCACCAAUAGCGCUUUACGGUGUCUGUCAUCCGCUCAGCUGUGCAAUGGUUACAAGGAUUGUCUAUACGGAGAUGAUGAACAAUUCUGCCAGCAAAAUCGAUCGAUGUACAUGAGUAUUUGCAAAGAUGAAUACAUAUUCUCAGCUUCCGAUGUGGAAAGAUUCUUAUGUAACAUUUCAGGAGGUACCCAAAGAGCUGCAAUGAAACAUUUUACAAUCAAGGGGUUUUCUCAAUCAUCCGAAAAUGAAGUAGACGAUGAUGAGACCAUCGAAAUAGCAAGUUUAAACAAGUAUAGGCCAAUUCGGUUAUUAGAUGAUCCUCGUUGCUAUCGUGGCCUUGAUGUACGCGUGUGGUUGAACAAAUCAAUUAAUAUCUAUACAAGCGCUUGUCUUUGCCCGCCGAGUUAUUACGGAGAUCGAUGCCAGUAUCAAAAUGAACGCUUAAGUCUAUCCAUUCGUUUUCAUGCAUCUGCUCUAGCAAGACAAAGUCCGUUCAUGAUACUCGUUUCGCUAAUGGAUAAUACCAACAGACGAACGAUUCAAUCUUAUGAGCAAUUCACUUAUUUGCCCAUUCGAGAUUGUAAAAUCAAAUUUAAUCUCUAUUUACUCUAUUCAACUCGACCAAAGCAGAUAAAUAAAACUUACUCGAUACAUAUCGAUAUUUACGAACAGCAUUCAUUACAACAUCGAGCAAGUUUUCUCUACCCUGUGGAAUUCUUAUUUCUCCCAGUUCAUCGUUUGGCAUUCAUCGUCAAAAUUCCAUUUGAGGACGAUGAAUAUUGUACAUACAGAAUCUGUUCAGAUAGGCGAUGCCUUCAUGGACGCUGUGUUCAGUAUGCCAAUACAAAGCAAGCGUUUUGUCAAUGCGAACAAGGUUGGUCAGGCAAGUUUUGUCACAUUCCGUACAACUGUACCUGUUCGUCGAAUUCCUUGUGCGUGGGUACCUUGAACAACCGUCGACCGAUAUGCAUUUGUCCGGAGAAAUACUUCGGCGCUCAAUGUUAUAUUCGAAAUCGAAUCUGUGACAGUUCUCCGUGCCAAAACCAGGGUAAAUGUGUUCCACAUGAUGAUUUUAUGUUAUCGACAAAUGACGAGAAAUAUUUCUGUAUUUGUUCGAAAGGUUUCAGCGGAAAACAAUGCGAACGACGCGAUACUCAAAUUGAUUUGAUAUUUGAUAAAAAUCUUCGUCUCUCUCCUUCGCUUUUCAUUCAUUUCAUAACGAUCGUUCCAAUCUAUCCAUGGAUUCUUAGCAUUCCCAAAUCUUCACCGCAGAGAUUAACGACUUUGCAAACAAUAUCUCAAGCAACGAACUCGUUGAGAAUCUAUUGGUCUCGACCAUUCCAUCUAACGUUCAUCGAAACCUUCGAUAAAACUUAUUAUUUACCUGUUAUUCAACCAGUUUAUAACUAUUCCCAAACAAUCGUGAGAACAGUCGAUUUGUCAGAUCGCUGUCCCCCCGAUCAGUGA